UAGAUGUCGCGAGAUCGAACGGUGGGCGAGGAGGUUUAUGAGAUGGAUAUUUCAGUCGACUGAUCUUCUUCGUGAAAACCUGCUCGGUUUAGAUCAGAAAAAUCAUACAAAUUUUAUGAAACCAUGUGUGAUGACUCAAAUUCAUAGUCAAUUCUACUUUUGAUAGGACCAAUUGACAAUUGCAAUUUUUUUAUUAUUUAACCAUCCAUAAUAGUGCGGAAAGAAAGCCCGGGUGAAGAAUGGCGUUGAAUCCAAGGACGAUGCGACCGGUAAAGUGACUACAGUACACAAAGCAAACAUUCAGCCCUGGAGCGACAGCUGGCUGGGAUCGGCGGAUGCAGCACCACCAGGCGACACGACACGCAGGUCGCCGUCUCCUGCGGUGGCACGUACGUAGGCCACGGAAGGCCGCCAUCGACCGAUCGACGAAGAGAGAGACGUGGUCGCCGUCGCCGCCGAGCCGAGGAAGCAUCCAUCCAUCGUCUUGACAUCCCACCUUUGUCGUUCACGAAACAUCCAUCUUUGACCGCCAUUACUAUAUGCUCCUGACGAAUGUUCCCGCUGACCCAACGGCUUGCUUCUUCCCCUCGUGCUCCGUCCUCUGUGGUCAGCUAGCUGCCCGUCCAUUCUUGCAUCGCAGGGAAGCAAAUUGGUAGUAGCGCGACCUGCUCCUCCCCUCCCCUCCCGCCACCGCGUUGACGCACGGCACGCCCACCGCCGGUCCGAUCGCCGGCACGGCCCCCUCGCCGCUGCUGUAAACGCACGCGUGCACAGCCACAGCGACUCCCACCUUCCCCGACAAAUUGAGCGGCGAACAGAACCCACAAGUCAGAGGCACGGCCGGGUCGCCGUCGCACUAACCCCCGCCCGGGUCAAACCCCGCCCCCCUACACUGCGGACGCGUCUCAGUCUCUCCCUUCCCUUUUGCUCGCGCUGCUCUGCUCGGCCCGGUCCGCGUCCGCCACGCAAGCCAGCCACCGCCGGAGCCCGCCGCCGAUGGGCACGCCGCAGCGCCCGCGCCCGCGGCAGCUGGCGCGCACCAACGCCAUGCGGAACUCCUCCUACUCCGCGGACGCCGGCGCCGACGGGGACGACGACCUCGCGGCCUAUGGCCGCAUCCAGCUCAGCGUCGACCGCGCGGCCCGCGCCUCCCCUGGCGCCGGGGCCAGGUACGCGUCGCAGACCAGCUUCCGCAUCCACGGCGGCCGCGGCGGCGGGGAGGAGGUCGCCGAGCUCUUCCGCCAGCUCGGCCUCUCCGGCCCCGAGGACUUCGCCAUCCCGCCGGCCGUCUACGCCGCCGCCAACGCCGCCCGCCGCCGCGCCUCGCUCGAGGAGUCGGCCCCUGCGGCGUCACCGUCGGAGGUUCCUGAGAUUUCGGGACGCGACGUCAUCGUCGCCUCUAGGUUGCAGCCAGCCGGCGACGGGGAGGAAGCUGGGUUAGCCACCGAAUUGGUCCAAUCGGAGACUAUACAAGUUUCAGCAAAAGCAUAUCAACGACCAUGGGCUGAAUCCAAAGCCAUAUUGGUCGAAUCAGAGAGAGUGGAAACCUCUACACGAGAGGUCACUGCUGUGUCUGAGCCGGCGAAUGCAGGUGAAGGGAAGGGGAACGGCAAAUUGGCCAAAGUGGAAACAUCACGAGAGGAGAGGACAAGAGAAGUGGUUGUGGAGGCCACAAGGGAGAAGGCUACUGGUGCCCUGGCCCUCGUUGUUGCAGAGUCCAAUUCAUGUGACAUUGAGCAUUUGGUCUCGCCAUCGCCGAAUAGGCGGUUUAGGAGAACCAUCACAUCCUGGAUCAAGGGAGAGCAUAUCGGGAGCGGAUCGUUCGGGUCAGUCUACGAGGCGAUCAGCGAUGAUGGGUUUUUCUUUGCUGUCAAGGAGGUGUCAUUACUUGACCAAGGAAUCAAUGCAAAACAGCGCAUCGUCCAGCUUGAGCAUGAGGUAUCCCUCUUGAGUCGUUUGGAGCAUGACAAUAUUGUUCAGUAUUAUGGAACAGACAAGGAAGAUGGAAAAUUGUAUAUUUUUCUUGAACUUGUGACCCAAGGCUCUUUGGCAGCUUUAUAUCAAAAAUAUUGUUUACAAGAUUCUCAAGUAUCAGCAUAUACAAGGCAGAUUUUGAAUGGUUUGAACUAUCUACAUCAGCGAAAUGUCCUGCACAGGGACAUUAAAUGUGCAAAUAUCCUAGUUGAUGCAAAUGGUUUGGUCAAGUUGGCAGAUUUUGGCCUUGCGAAGGAGAUGUCAAUUUUGAGCCAAGCAAGAUCUAGCAAGGGAACUGUCUUCUGGAUGGCCCCUGAGGUUGCUAAGGCUAAGCCACAUGGACCUCCAGCAGAUAUAUGGAGUCUUGGCUGCACAGUUUUGGAGAUGCUGACCGGCAAAGUUCCAUACCCUGAUAUGGAAUGGACACAUGCUUUGCUCAAAAUUGGUAGGGGAAUACCACCAAAAAUCCCCAAUACGUUAUCAGAAGAUGCACGGGAUUUCAUAGCAAAGUGUGUUCAAGCAAACCAAAAGGACCGGCCAUCUGCUGCUCAGCUGUUGGAGCACCCUUUUGUGAAGAGACCACUGCAACAUUAAGGCGUGCGCUGUACAUAUUGCUAACACAUUUGCUUGUACAUAAGCUGGUUUUAAUUUCGCAUGUGGAAAGGUGUGGGUGAUACCGGGGAGUGAAGAUGAUCCUACAGCCCAAAAGUGUUCCUUGUUCACGCUCCCGCUUUAAUUGUUUCCCGGAGAUUCCAACAUUGAGAUAGCUAGCUUCCAACAUGAGGAGCACCUAUCGGCAUUCAGUUGAAAGGUAGCUCUGCAAUAUGAGUGAGAUAUAGUUUACUUAAGAGGUACUCCCUCCGUUCGGAAUUACUCGUCCAAGAAAUGAAACGGAGGGAGUACCUUGUUGGCUGAUAGGAUUUGUUUCUCAUGGAGCUCGUAGCCUAGUCUCAGAGUGGAAUGAAAGAUGUGCAGUGUGGAGUGCCAAGUGCUCCCACAACAGUCCACUUUCCGACCGUGUUUACAUACCUGUACAGUUCACAUUCUGUUGCCAAUGCAAACUGAUCGUAUUGUCCAUGUUGUUGACUACUCCCUCCGUUCCAAAAUAAGUAAUUUGAACUAAAACCACGGCAGGCAGGCGGCACUUAUUUUGGAACGGAGGGAGUAUUUCACUGUGACCUUGCUCCAUACCUGUACAGUUCAGUUCCUAUGGAAAUACAAUCUGUUUCUAGCACAGAAGCCCCA